AGUUGGAAGGAAAUAGUGGUAGUGAAGUCCGCUGUGUACGGUAUUCGCCGUCCGGAGAACUUCUUGCCAUCGCAGCAAAAGACAUUAUCCACAUUUAUAAUCCAGGCACGAGAGAACGUAUCACAUCCUUCAAGGCUCACACAAAAUCCAACUUAUCACUCGCAUGGACACCCGAUGCGCACACGCCUCCUCACGGGUGGCGGUAGUUCUGAUCCUACCAUACGCGAAUGGGAUACAACAACCUGGCAGCAGGUCGGUGAUCCCUGGAUGGGCCAUUCUAGCCAAAUCAAUGCCAUUGCCGUCAAUCCUGCUGGCAUACUCGUCGCAUCCGCAUCUCAUGACAAUCAUGUUCGUCUUUGGCGGCUCUCUGAUCGACGAAGCGUUGCUACCUUCAAGCACGCAUCCUUCACGAGUUGCAUCACUUUCUCGGUGGACGGUAGUCGCAUCCCCAGUGGAGGUGGCGAUUGGAUGGUCUCGGAGUGGGCAGUACCUCAGGGUAUCAAUCCGAAGAUCCUAGCCAUCACAACAGCCCGUGAUGCAUGCAUAGAUGGGCACCUGUCUACCGCUGAAGAACUGCUCACGCAAGAUAUCAACACUGACGCCAACAACCAUACUUCCUACGCCCAUCGCUCAUUCGUGAUGGCUCGACAACAUAACUGGGACCGUGCCCUUCAGGAUGCAAUCAAGUCCAUCAGCAUCCAGCCCUCAUUAACAGGCUACAUCUCCAAGGGUAUUGCCCUCUGCGGAGAAGGUCGCGUCCCGGAUGCGAGGGCAGCAUUUGAUGUUGCAUCAAUGUACACGGACCAGGAUUCACAAAUCCUCCAUUUCCUGCUCUUGAUCAAAGCCAUUGCCCUCUUCAAUGCAGACCAACAUGACGAAGCAAACCUGCUCCUUAAAGAACUCGCUGCUGGCUGUCCAAAUGCCGACACUCUCGCAUGUUGCGUCGUGCAAGCAUAUAUGCGUCUUCAACUCGGAAUCAAGGCCUUGGAUGGCGCACGUCACGAAGAAGCCGCUGACCAUUUCACUGCCGUUCUCAACUCCAGCGCUCUCUUAUGGAGUUCACCCAUUCAUUUUAUGUACGAGGACUUGGUAGUGCUCUUUGGCUGGAAUCUCAAAUCGUUGUGGCUUAUUGCCUACCAGAAACAGUGCCAGGCUUUCUUUUACGCAGGCAGAGUUGAUGAAGCACUCGAAUCACACAAAUUUAUGAUGGACAACGUCGACGAAACAACAAAAGCCAGCUGCCUUGACUGGUCCACUGCUUUCAAGCAAGAAUACAGCACCCUCUUUCUUACCAACGGAGAUACUGCCCUCGCUGCAAGCGACUAUGAUAGGGCUAUUGACCUCUACUCGGCAGUGAUUGACUUGAAUUCUGCAUCUUAUGCCAUCUUUGUAAAGCGCAGUAAGGCAAAAUUGGGAAAGAUGCUAUGGACGGAAGCACUUCUUGAUGCGCAGAAGGUCACCGAACUCAACUCUUUAUCUUAUGUCGGAUACAGUUUGAAGUAUGCAGCGCUUCAUGGUGCACAACGCUACGAUGAAGCGAUGCAGGCAUUCGAAGUCAUGCUCUCAAAAUUAGAUAACGCUCCCGACAAUGAGACACGAAAGUUACGCCAGCAGUAUCUCAGUCCAUCCCAAGUAGAUCGUGUUAUUCGAAAGAUCAUCGAUGCUAAACUUGACAAUGCUCCGCUGCGUGUAAUCGACACUACCAGCGGUCUCUUAUGCGAUCGAGAGACGCAGAUACUCACCUUCAAAACGAGCAUAGAGUAUAAGGAGCUUGUAUCAUCAACAAUCGCGCAUCGGGAUAUCCAGAUGAAGCACGUCAAAGAAGUGGUGACGACAUACUUCCAAUAUGUCAUGCUAUCGCACAGGUGGGAAGGCAACGAGCCGCUGCUGCAGGAUAUCCAGGGCAAGGACAUCUAUAACUUAAAUCCAGUUGGCGGCAUCAAGAAGUUGCAGUCCUUCUGCCAAACUGUCCGUGAUUUCGGGUGUCGCUGGGCAUGGAGCGAUACAUGCUGUAUUGACAAGAGCAACAGUGUUGAGCUUCAAGAAUCGGUCAACUCCAUGUUUGUCUGGUAUCAUCACUCCAGGCUCACAGUCGUAUACCUCUCGGAUGUUCCAUCUUCGUCAAAGCCUGGCGCACUGGCAAAGAGUGCUUGGAACACACGUGGAUGGACAGUUCAAGAAUUCCUUGCCCCCAAUGCCAUUCUAUUUUACCAGCAGGAUUGGACUCCUUAUCUCGGCGAUCGCACUCCCAACCACAAGGAUUCUGUUGCGAUCAUGCAGGAGUUGGAGGAUGCGACAGGGAUAGAUCGACGAGCCGUUGCAGCCUUCCGUCCCGGGAUGAGAGAUGCCCGAGAGAAACUUCAGUGGGCGUCGACACGUGUUACCACAUUCCAAGAAGACAUUGCAUACUCAUUAUCUAGCAUCUUUGGUGUCCGCCUACGUGUUGAUUAUGGUGAGAAGAAGCAGAACGCGCUCGGGCGGCUCCUACAAGAAAUCAUAGCUCAGUCUGGCGAUAUUACUGCCCUGGACUGGGUCGGAAAGUCAUCUGAAUUCAAUAGCUGUCUACCAGCCGACAUCACUUCAUACGAAGCUCCACCAUGUAAGCUGUCAUCUCUAUCUGAAGAUGAGAUUCAAUCAUUGGUCUCCUCGCUGCGAGGUGUUGUGGCUCUACAGUCGGCUUCGAAAUUAUACCAGACACUUGACUCCCUGAGCGCUCCCCGUUUCGCGCACCGCCGGUUGCAUUUGCCUUGCAUCGUAUUCCCGGUCACAGAAGUCAAGCGGAGGCCAGCUCAUGACCAGGAUAUAUAUACGUAUGAACUCAAGUCAGACGGGCUUCACAACUUGCACGUCACCACAGAAGACAAGUUCGCCCCUUUCUCACCGGCAAGGCCGCUGCCCACCUGGCAGACGAUAUUGCUCGUUCGUCCGUGGAGUCGCCAUCUCCUCGGGCUGCAUGACACUGCGGACGAUACGCAGAGCGUGGACAACUGGCCUAUCCCCGAAUCUUCGUUGUACGAUCCACCCGCUGCACAAACUGGGCUGAUUACAGCAGUUUGCAUAACUAAUGGCGCAACCACAUAAGUCACAACAUAUAACAACUCUUGAAAGACUUGGAAAAUUUCGAGUGACGGAGUAGUAACACAGGCAAACACAUCAAGUCUAGAACACAACUAUGGAUAAUAGAAAGAUUUCACCUGACCUCAAGCUCGCUGCCAUCCGCCUUCACGAGCGGGGAAUUCUCACCACUCGCGAAAUACUUGAUUGUGUUGGUUUUUCGAGACGGACCUUCCUUCGAAUCUGCAAGCUCUAUCGUGAAACGGGUGACGUCGUCAAGCUAUGUAGUGAAUACAUCGGCCGGCCGAGGGCUUUGAACCU